GCGUCGGGAGUCCUUGGGGAACCGCAGCUGCAGUCGUGCGGCUCAGGGCGGACGGGUCCUGACUGAUUGGUGGGUUCCUGAUGGAGCCUCAGCCUUUCGCACUCUUCGUAUGGGUCGUCAGCGUUGUGUGCUAUCGCGGGGCGGCUCUGGCUUUCCAAACGCUGGGCUGGAGCUCAGGUUUUUCGGUUCCUUUUUUUCUCUCUGUCCGCGUGCAAUCAUCAGCCCAUAGAGACAUGGCCAGCACCAGCACGGGUCCCACACACCCAUACUGGCCUCGGCACCUGAGGCUGGACCACUUUGUGCCUAAUGACCUUCCCGCCUGGUAUAUCCUGACGGCCAUGUUCUCCGUCUUUGGGGUACUAGCUGUGACCAUGUGGCUGUUGUCCAGUCGUGCUUCAGUUGUCCCACUGGGGACAUGGCGGAAACUGUCCCUGUGCUGGUUUGGGAUGUGCGCAUUCAUCCACCUGGUGAUUGAGGGCUGGUUUGCUCUCUACCAUGAGGCCAUUCUUGGAGAUCAAGCCUUGUUAUCCCAACUCUGGAAAGAGUACGCUAAGGGAGACAGUCGAUACAUCAUCAAUGACAACUUCACCGUCUGUAUGGAGAGCAUCACAGCUUGCCUGUGGGGACCACUGAGCCUGUGGGCAGUGAUCGCCUUUCUCCGCCAGCAACCCACCCGCUAUAUCCUACAGCUGGUGAUCUCUGUGGGACAGUUCUAUGGGGAUGCACUCUACUUCCUGACUGAAUACCGCGAUGGAUUCCAACAUGGGGAGCUGGGCCACCCCGUCUAUUUCUGGUUUUAUUUCUUCUUCAUGAAUUCCCUGUGGUUGGUGAUACCUGGAAUCCUCAUUUUUGAUUCCAUGAAGCAGCUCUUUGGGGCUCAGAGUGCACUGGACACUAAGAUGAUGAAAGCCAAGACCAAACGGAGCUAAUGAGUAGAGUUCUGGACCAGAAGAGAGGCCAGGAGAGUCCAGUCCUGCUGCACAGGUGGAGGGGCACUUGGGCUGAUGGUGAGCACCAAAAGGGCUGGAGAUGGAAAAAAGGGCCUGUGUGGAGCUACUAGGAUAUAAGAGAAGGCAGGAGGUCUGUGAUGGUGGCAAUUUUUAAAAUCAGGAAAUAAAAGAUCUUCACUCUAACAUUGAGA